CUGUGCUGCUCUAUAUUGCAUAACCUGGCGGAUUUGGGUUGUGGGGAGUGAGUUUACAGUUACAGUUCACCUCUCAUAGCUUAACGCAAAACUUCUCAGCCUCAGUCUGAUAGACUUUUUACUCUCACAGAGUGUUUUAGGAAGUGACGUUGCCACGAAAGCAUCAGGAAACUGAGAGCUUCUUUUAAUAUGUGAAAGUCGUGGGCUGCAGAUCAGGCUGGGAGCUAAAUAUACCAGCGAACAGUCGUCUAGAUUGUAGAAAAACGUCUUGAUUGUAGAGAUAGAGAAAGGUCAGAAGUGUGUACUUUUAGAGGAUAUACUUGGAGUGAUUUAGUGCAACUGGAUGCCUCUCAUUAAGCUAUAAGGACAGUUUGGCUGCUCUGCCAUGAGUGAGGUGUUGAUUGUGUACACUAGUGAGACCCAGGACUGGGCCACUUACCUGAAGCUCAUCUUAGAGACAUCUAAUCAUUUCCCUCAGGAUUCUAUUACUCUGUAUAAUGUGGAUGAAGAGCGACCGUGGCAAGAGGAGGACUUUUCCAUAUUUCACUCCAGCAGGUGCACCUUGCUUCUGCUCUCACUGGCGUUCUUAGACCUGUACGACGAGCCGGAGGUUCAGGGCAUCUUCGACACAGUUCUCCAGCCUCCAUGGAAAGUGGUGGCCUUUAUGUGUGGGGUGUCUGAAUCAGAUGGCUUGAAGAACUACUUCCAGCAUUGGGACAGUUGGCAUAAGCUGGAUUCAGAAGAUGACCCGUCGCAGUAUGUCUCCACAGUCCUGGAGGUCCUUGCUGAUGUUAAGUCCAGUCUUGCCAAUGAUGUUUCUGAGCGUGAAGACCAGUGGAGGACUGACUAUGAAAUUCCACCACCAAAACAAGACAACAACGAGUCGACUCUGUCAAAGUAUGACCAGACUGCUUCACAAUACGGCUUUACUGCUCCAAAGUAUGACCAGAUCGCUUCAGAAUAUGACAUAAAUCUUCCAAAAUAUGAUCAGACUGCCUCAGAAUAUGACAUAACUCUUCCAAAAUAUGAUCAGACUGCCUUAGAAUAUGACAUAACUCUUCCAAAAUAUGACCAGACUGCCUCAGAAUAUGGCUUGGCUGCCCCUCAGUUCAGCCUACCUUCUCCAGAUUAUCGUGUAACUCCUUCUGAGUAUGAAGUAAAUGUUCCAGAGUUUGAGAUAAAUGCUCCUGCGUAUGAAGCUAAUGCUUCUGAGUAUGAUUUAAAUGCUUCAGAAGAGCCUGAGGAGUUAGACCUGUCUCAGAUCCAACCUCUAGAGAAAGAUCCAGACAUCCCAGAAGAAACCCAGACACAGUCUGCGAGUAUAAGUGAAGAAUCAUCAAAAGAACAGACCUGUCUCACUGUACAGCCACACAGAAUACUAUGUGGGACUCAGGUGGAUGUUUACAUCAUCAUGGAAAAGAAGUUGGACAAUCAGGCCAGUGUGGAAGUGGAAUUUUACUGUGAACGUUCAUCAAAGCGUGUGUCAGGAACGCUUGUGAACGAAUAUAUUGUCAGAGCUCAGUCACCUGAUAUGCCAGCUGGGCCUGCAUCACUACAUCUUUACAGUAACGAGUCCCUUAUAUGUUCAACAACUGUGACGUACUACACUGAAAUGGAGGAAAUUAGCAGUUAUCUUCAGAAAGUGAUGGAUCCCAUAAAGUUAAUGUGUCAGGCAUUUAACAUUACAUCAAACACAUCAGAGGCACUGGAUGACUUGUUUACAGCAUCAUUCAAAAGUCAGAUGCCUGCAGGUGGAUUACGAGUGUUUGGAGUUAAUCAGCUUGAACAGGAGAAUAUGCUGGCAAAUCAGCGUAACACAGAACUCCCGACAUUGCUUCACUUUUCUGCGAAGUAUGGGCUAAAGAAGCUGACUAAGGAGUUACUGCAAUGCCCUGGAGCCCUGCAGGCCUACAGCGUCGCCAACAAGAACGGGGAUUACCCAAACAAACUGGCAGAGAAAAGUGGCUUCUCUGAAUUGAGACAGAUCAUGGAUAAAUAUGUUGAAACAGUAGAUUUCCCUAAUAACAAGGAAUCUGUGGCAAAUUCAGAAGAAACAGACAUCUAUGAGCCGAUGGCCGACGUAUCAUUAUCCAAACACAAUCCCGUACCGAAGUUCCCCAUUCAAGAAGACAUAUAUGAGCCCAUGAUGGAGCUAAAUCCUGACAUGCAGUUGUAUGAGGACCUGAGCAGUGCUUUAAAUUCAUCUCAUCCAGAAGAAGCUUUUAGAAUGAUUCUUCAAGAAAAUCCACGGAAGUAUUUAGAGACUGCUGAUGAAGAUCAGGUGAAUAAUGGUUAUCCUGUCAGCUCGAGAGCUGAAGAGACAGGGGAUGAGUUUGCAGAUAUCUAUUCAGAAGAGGAGGACCCGUACAAGCUCUGCUGUCCAGAGGAAAUCUAUGAUACUGUAGAUGAGCACGAAAUCUCUGCAGUUCUGAAUCGUCCACCGGCUCCGAUUCCUCGGCCACAAAGCGCGGUUGAGGCUGAGGGAUGCAAGACCUACAUCUCAACAGUGUUCUGCUCAAAAGAAUCAGUUUAUUCAGUGGGAAAUCGCACAGAAACAAGAUCUUCUAAAGGGUCAGUGUGGCCAGUAAGUGAUGGUAACCCCAGCAGUGUGCAUGACCCCUACGCUGGCAUGAAGACUCCUGGGCAGAGGCAGCUCAUCUCCCUGCAGGAGAGGGUGAAGGUGGGGGCUCUGACGAUGGAGGAGGCGGUGCAGGAGUUCAAGGCCUGGCAGAUUGACCAGGAUAGACGCACUCAGUCCGUCCGCUUUCAGCAGGAGAAUAUACAAAGAUUACGGGACAGCAUAACCCGUCGACACAAAGAAAAAGGAGGAAAUGAGCUGGAGAUAACUGCUCCGAUGCAGAGGAACCUUCUCUGGGGUUCUCAGAUGAACGUGGAGUGUUCAGUCUAUGAACCCACCCCCCGAGUUGUAAACCAGCCAUCUCCAGCCCCCUCCAGACCCCCACAGAGAGGAACCUGGCAGACAGGAAGUGCCUCCAGCACGUCGAGUAGCAGCAGCAACAGGCUGAGCACGCUGAGCACCAUCAGCUACAGCAGCGGAGCCGACGGUGAACUGGAGGAGCCCCAAGAGUUUUUGCCUCCCCCUCGUCCACCACGCACACCAGUGGAAGCUCCGCCCACUCUCCCACCACCCAGAGUCCCACGGCGACCACCUGACCGAGUUCCGGAGAGCAUGCUAAAUGAACGCUAUAUCUCCAGCCCACCUCGCAUCCUCCCUCUCACCCCUCCACAGAGACCCAUCCCUCCCCCACCUGUACCACGCCGGUGAUCAACAUCUCAUUUUAUACAGCUUUUCUCAUUUAUAUCAAGUUUCUGGAAGCUUCUACACACACUCUGAACUUUACACAGCAAGGCCAUGGAGCAGGAACUUCUCUUCAUGACUGCCAUCUUGUGGUCAUGACUCGGAAUGGAGAAAAUAAAUGAUGCUCUCAAGCUUUUGAGGUCCCUCUUGUAAAUAUUUCAAUGGAAUUUUCUAAGAUUAUCUAAUCUUAAUCUAGUAUGUUCUAAACGUGUUUAAUUAUAGAGUGCAUAGCAAAUAAUCUGAUGCUUAUACUCAUCCAUAUCUUUGCUCACUGGUUUUCUCUUUAUCAUUCUGUACGUAAUAAGUUUUGCUUAGUUUUGGAUUUUAAGGCUUUUUUGUUCAUUUUGUGCAUUAGCAAAAAUAUGUAAUGUCCAAUACAGUCCAACCAUUUUUCACCAUAGAACUGUUCACUGUUUUAUUUGUGUCAAUUCACACAUUUAACUGCUACCUCUGCCCUCGUGUGGUGUGAAGUAGAAGGGAAGUUUUAUUUGACAUUAAUUACAAAUGCAGUAGAAAAGAGCAGAUGUAAGGGGUAUUGAGUAAAUGUGUUCUGUGAGAGAUAAUAGAAUAGAAGGAAACAUGAACUUAA